AUGGCGACGUCAAAGACCUUCCUCGACUCCGUGCACCACAUAAGCGAGCACAGCAUCUUUUUCUUGGCUUCCCACGGCGACAACUUAGAUCUCAAGACCCUUAGCUCGGCUCCCCCAUGCCACCGAGCGGUGCUGCAGCGCAACGGACUUGUGGCGAAGAUCUACGCAGCCAUCAGCUUUCCAGGAGAGGAUGAUAGGGACACCUACGCUCUCAGUCGUCGCCGACGCGAUCACGAAGCGGAAGACGCAUCGGUGAAGCGAGCGGCGUUCUCCUUCCGUGGACGGCAGGAGGUGUGGCGAAGCGCCUUGACGUAUGCAGGGCUGCUGAGCCACAGGGAUGCAGAGAUUCACAUCCCCCAUGUUCUUCAAACUACCCCGUGGCCUUACCUCACCCCGGCGCAGUACAGAGACAACGUCAAGCAGGCAAUCGCGCGUGCCACCUGCGUGGCUGUAAACGGCUCCAGCUUCUGCGUGCCGAUCCUGUCCCUGCAGGAGUACGUGUAUAAGCGUUACGACAUGGAACUGAGCCUGGCGGUGAUGUGGAUGCCGUGCUACCCGCAAAGCCUGCGGCAGUGGGCCGUCACGUUCAACGCAGCCGGGAAGCCGAUCCCGGAAGCGUUGCUGCUGGCCAUGCUGCAUCACAUCACGAUUGCCCAACUCACGGUCCGGAGCGGGGACACCAUCGCCGGCCGCUCUGCGACGGCGGCCGCAGCGGCAUCGGUGCCCACCUGCGACUCCAUCGUGGUGCAUCAAAACGGCAGUGCGAAAGACACUCGGGCAGCCGACUGGAACGACGAGCCCGUCUUCUUGCUUUCGGCGUCUGCCUGUGAGGAGCGCACAGCGGCACGAGCCGACAGCCUGAAGAACGGAGACGCAUCGCCGACGAGCUUAGCGGACACCGCACUGCCGCUGUCGCAGACGCCACCACCGCCGUCGCAGCAGCAGCUCCCGUUGUACCGUCCGCCGGAGGAAUGCAACCCCACGCUGUACCCUCCACUUGUCCCCGGCUCAACGAAACGCGUCGUGUGGGGAUUAGGAAUCGUCUUGUACCUGCUAGCCUCCGGUCGUGUCCACCUACCGAGCCCGCAGCACGCCGUGGAACUGUCCGACAACAACGGCAACAACAAUCGAUCAGUGCUGCGCAGUCCCCGUCGUGCACGCGUAAUCGAAGAAGUGCCCCUCAACGCGGCCGCCAUGACCCCCGAUGUGCUGUGGAGGCGGCUGCGGCGCGACUUGGAGCCGCGCGGCUACGGCGGCACGUUGACCACCGUGGUGGCGCAGCUGCUCUCGCUGGACCCCUCAACACGCCCGUCCCUCACCACGGUGGACCGCGUAUUGCAGGACCUGCACCGCCUAACUCCGAUCCGCCGCUUUCCUUUCGCCCUUGGCGGCUACGACCUUCUUCGAUUGCCGAACCCAACAGGCACCGUCGAGCUGAACCCUGGCGCGCGUCGCUACACCUUUGCGGAGGUGUGUGUGCUGUGCAAGAAGCCACGCAGCGGCGCGGCGGUGUGCCCCAAAGGCGGCGAUCACCAAUCUACCGGGAUCACCUCGCCGUCGUGGAGCGACGAGGGCGACCUGUUGCCUGCGGUCGGCCUUGCGUCGGAGUCGACCUACACGACGUUUUUGUACCCCCUCUGCGCGGCCGCGAAUGGGCGGCAGCGACGAAAGCACGCAGCGCACGCCCUGCAAAGCCCAAACGCGAGUAUGAGUGUGGUGGCGAGCGCCAGUGCGAGCUGCUGCACGAACGCGACCCAAGACGUCGCCCCGCUGAACUGUGGCUUUCUUCUGCAGGUGUUCGGCGGUUUUGCCGUCUACGAGCGUCGGCCGGAGCAGAACUCGAAGGGUCAGGUUAUCUACACAGUGAAGGUGCGAGAGGUUCUCAUUCCGUACCCAAGCCAAGGACUGCGCCGAAGCGAGCUGUCACUGGUCAAGACGACGAUUGAGUUUAGCGGCGGCCUGCCCUGGCCCUCGUGCUGCACCGAGACCAUGCAGAAGGGCGGUCGGGUGUCGCGGCACGUACCCUUCGCACUCACCGGUGCGCACCACGACGUGGAGUGGUUCGGCUGGGUGCUACCCGGGGAGCGCUUUGCCAUGCCGAACGGCGCUCACUGGACCGCGCCGCUGGGCGGGGCCUUUGUGUUUUGGUUCGCCGCGGACCUGCAGCCGACCGACCGCGACCGCUACUUCGCCGUGACGAACGUGCGCUCCGCCACGCUGCCCGCGAAGGUGCCGCGCACGUUUCUGCCGGACUCCCUCUUCCGGCAGCACGUCGGCGACGAGAACCAAAUCAGCGCGGUACUCCUGCGCAGUGCGGCGAGCUACAACAGCCACAGCGAGGCGCAGGUCGGGCAGCCGGGUCUGCGUUCCUCUGCGGCGCGGCGGCGCUCCAACCAGAGUGUGACAGACGUCGUGCUGCCUUCCGCCACACGCGAGAUUGUGGAGGACGAUGAAGACGGUCUUGCAGCCGCAGACGUCGAGGAUGUUGUGCUCCACAGCCUACUGUCCCGUCCCGUCUCACGCAACGCAUGCCGCACCCAAGACACCACGUUUCCCCGGUCCACGCGCCGCCGUCGCGACACCACCGCACAUCCCCGCCGGUUGCCGUCGUGCCAGGUCUCCGUCGUCGUGGCCCACUCGGUGGUCGAAAUGCGAGAUGAGGAGGGGGAGGACACGGUGAAGGCGAUCGGUGAGAAGAGAAAACAGUCAUCUGCGAUUUAUUCUACUCGUGAGAGCGCGACUUCGAAGGAGAACGUUGCCGUAGCUCCAUCCCAUACGAUGACUACCACCCCCAAUGCCCAGAAUACGACUCCUUUGAAGCAACCGUCGCAGUUGUGGUGCAAAACGCCAGAGCCGCACGUGAACGGGACGAGACCUCGCGCUGGCUCUGCGGCGGCGGCAGCUGCUACAGGCCUCGACAACGACACGCUCGCAAGCGAAGCGACGCCGUCGAAGCACAGCACUCCUGCCGCGCACGGCAGCGUCUCGUCUCGUGAAGGCACGCAGCCCCCGUCGCACCGCGACACGAGCGCAACGAACGUGCGGGGGCUGGCGCCGCUUCCGGUCAACGAAGCCUUUCGCGCGUCACGUGGCUCGGCGAAGGAGGAAAAGAGGCGGAAGGCGCGCAUAAUGCUCGGGGCGGAGGCACCACGAGCAGCGGCCCCACAAGGCACGGCGGAUGUUGCGCCGACGAACUUGUCAUCGCAGGCCUCGGCGCCAAACUCCGCUUUACAGCUCCCCAGCGGCUUCGCCACGCCGACCUUUGCUGCGCAGAAGUUGCCGCCGCUGUCGCACGCCGCCUGUAACCUUGGUGGGCUGCACGUCUGUGCACAGUGGCUCCCUGUGGACGCCGUCGAUGCCGCCUUCCAGGCCCUCACCUUCUGGGUCCUCUCCACGGGAGAGCACGGCUAUAUGCAUGCCCCCGUCAAAAUGUCUGUGCCGAUGGGCUACGCUCUGCGGGCACCUCCCGGCGCGGUGUACGUCUCCUUUCUAUCGAAUGAAGUUCCUUUGUUCCGCCGCAACCACCCCGGCAUGGAUGUGGCGAUCUUCUCGCCUCUGCUGCCGCAUCACGGCUUUGCGUGCUACAACGCGGAGCGCCAGCUGCUCGGCGUGCUGGCGCUCCGCUGCAGUACGAAGGAAGACGCGGAUGUCACGCGUGGUGAGUUUGAGGUAACUACUCACGUGCGAGAACCUUGCGUCGGCAGCCAAGUCUCGAGUCGCGCCAUCUACGCGUCGUACCUUUCUGGCAGCGUGGGAGAUGAGAAGGCGAUGCUGCGUGAAAAGCCGGGAGAGGCGGAGCCGAUGAACCACCUUCGCCGUUCUCUGUCCUUCAGCCAAGCUGGGUUGGACAGUCGUGCGCAGAACAACACACCGUGCGACGCGCAAACGCUCACCUUCACGAGCGCGCGCCACCUCAUCGGCGAGUUCACGCCGCACGAGGAGGACGACUUUUCGCUCCGCAAGGAAUCGACCGCCCUGUUGCCUGCGUGCUGGAUGGGCUUUGAUGGCGGGUCGGGCUGCUUGUUGUUCUCCGAUGUGGGGCAGUUUGCGUGGGUGCCGUACGGCAUUGGUGAAUGA